AUGCGCAUCGGUCUGUUUGUUCUGCUGGUUUCCUUCAGCAUUUGUGCGACACAUAAUUUCUUUGAAGUCCUUUUCGGUCCACGUUUGCGUGUAUACCAUGGAGAACUCCCAGAAAGGAAUGAAAUACCAUGGGCUGCUCUGCUCAGAGGAAAUGGGGGAAUCAGUUACUGCCUCUACUUCCGUUUCAAGAAGUCAAAUUAUCAUGCACUCUACCUUAAAAUCAGAACUCAUGAAAAUGAAGAGAAAUAUAGAGAUACGCUCGAGACGAUCUUGGAAACAAUGAUUGGCAGUGAUUGCACAAGAUAUCCUUGUAAACGACAGAAGUUUCAUCGCGUGAAAAACGUUCGUAAAUUUUCCAUGUAA